CCUGAAGACACCAUUUUCCCGCCCCCACACUGCGAUACGUCACGAGUGACAACGUUUUCCGACGCCACGCUUGAAGCAAGACUGCAGCACUUUUCAGCAUAGUAAAGCCAAAACACCAAAAGAAAAAGGGAAUCAACACACAGACAUGAAGGACAAAGUGAGGAAGGGAGCAGCAGGAAGAACUCAAGCCAAGACGAACGACGUUAUCAGUGUUACUCAUGGAAAAGAUGCUCCGACAAUCAAGCAAGACGAUGACUCAUCAUUCCCGGUCAAGAUCCAGGGAGCAGGAUUGGAGCCUUUUGAGUUUCAGGUUCGUGUAUUUUGGCUGGUUCAAGACGCGCUAACGACUUUGCUCUCGAGAGAUGAAGUUGCUCCGCGCACCAACCUGUCCCUGGCCUUCGCUGGUGCAACCCUCGACCCCCUUGUCGGAUUGCAAAAUGUCAAAGGACUCAAACCUGGUGCAAUCCUUCGUCUGGUUGAAGAGCCUUUCACCGCCCGCUCAGCAAGGCAGCACUUGUCUCGAGUCCUCGAGCUGUUGCGGGCUUCUGGACCUCGGGAUGCAUUGAGAGAAGGACGUUCACCAAGCAUACUGGAAACACUUACGCUUGCGCAAACAUCAGAAACGAGCUUGCCAAAUGGAAAGAAUCUGAAACGCUCGUCAAGCAACCCAAAACCAGAAGCAGCCAAUAAUGACUGCACACCCCCCCAGUACCUCCUUCCUGGUUCCUCUGACAGACCACUGAUGGCCCUAUUACCACAAAGCUCCAAACCACAAGUCCCAAGCUACCUUCAGGACUUGUCUCUUAGCUCUUGGGACCCUCCUCCAGGACACAGGAAGCUGCAAGGAGACUUUAUGUAUAUUACAGUGGUGACCACAGAGGGACAAAGGUGUGACAUUACAUCAUGUCCGAAAGGUUUCUUUGUUAACAGAUCUACACCAGAAGCAUUUGAUCCCCGCCCUUCCCAGUCAUCACCAUUGUGCCACUGCUUCACUGAUCUGCUCUGUCACAUUAGUCCUGCCUUCAAACAAGCUUUUACUAAAAACAGGCAUGACAUAUCCCAAGUGGACAUGAUGCCUACUCCUUAUCAAACCCUGUGCUGGCUCGGUCCUCCCUGCGCCACCCGCACUCACAAAAACACCUUCAGCAGGCUAGGAGUGGAUGAUCAACCAGCAAACCAGGCUCCAGACUGGAAUGAAGAGCUGCAAGCAGCCAGAGAUCGUCCACAAACAAGCCUGGAGGAGAGAUUGCAGCGAGAGCGAGCUCUCCUGCAGGUAAACAGUGCAUUUGUGAGAACCGUGUCCCAGGGGGCGGAGACUGUGGUUGAAGGUUUUGCUGAACCAGUCAAUGGUAACCCCGAGGAUCCAGCUUUCCUGUUUGGUGGCCUCUUCAUGAGCCAAGGGGCAGCUAGUACAGUGUUUGGUGGGGAGAGGGGCCGCAGGGCUGCUCAGAGACUGGAGCUGAAAGGAGUGCAGGUGUACAGUGAUCUGCAGGGGCUGCAAGGUUUGCACACUCUACCUACAGCUAUUGUCGACUACAGAGGCGUGCGCCUGUCAGCCCAAGGUUUAGCUCCUGGCUUGGAAGGCACUGAGCAGGAGGAGGGAACCCCACCCGUCUCACGGGGGUUGCUCUAUGGAGUGAAUGCUGGCUUGCAGGAGUCUCCCCGUCGCAGACGCAUGCUGGAACUGCUGGCUCAUGCUGCCAAAGCGCUUUCUCUCCAGAGACAUAUUGUCUUAGCACCCAAUGGACAUCGGGUACCACUGUUUACAUCAGUGGACGCACAAGGACUGCUGGGGGCCGACGAGCGCUUCUACAUACUAGAUGUGUUUAGGACUUUUCCAGCUGAUGCCAACUACUGUCUAGAAGUCAAAAGUCAGAUAAUAAGUGGAGAAGAGGAACAGAAAGAAAGCUGCAAUGGGGCUGAGGAAAAGAGUGUAAAUGAUGGCUGGCCACUGAAUUAUCAGAAAGACUUUGACGUUCCCAAGAGAUUUCCUCACAGCUUGUGUCGGCUGAGACCAGAGUUGAUGCAGAUUUUCAUCCAGCACAAACACACUCAGUUCACACAGCUCGUCAGGGAGAAAUUGGACAACAAUGGAGGCUUUGAAGAAUGUGCGACAGCUUGCGACUCUCGAGCUACUGAUGCAAUACGGGCUGCUUGUAAAGAAGUUGGCUCCCUUAGUGAAAUCAUCUUUGAGAUGCGAUUUUGCCCAAAUGUCCUCUCUCCAGGAGUAUCAUUCCCCAGCGCUGAAAGUGAAUCGCUACAGAGCCAUGAAAAGUUACUGCGAGAAGCUGCGGCUUUCAUCGUCACGCAUCAGAUACCAGCUUUUGUGGAGUCUAAUCUAGAAAGUAAUGUGACCCCAAUGGAUGGAGCUUCUCUAAAGGAAGCCCUACACGAGAAGGGCAUCAACCUACGCUAUCUGGGCCAUGUUGUCAAAACCAUCAACCAGUCAAAACACAAGGAGCGCCUCAGGCAUUUAAUGAGAAUAGUCAUGAGUGAAAUAUUAAUGCGCUCAACAAGGAGAGUCUUCAACAGUUUCCUCCAGGGCGUGGACAUGCCUUGUCUAGCAACAGCAGUCAGUCACUUCCUGUGCUGCCUAUUGGUCCCUCACUUCACAGCCACCGCCCUGGGAGAGGAGACGAAAAAGAAAUCAAAGCGCCGCGGCAAAGGGCCCGGGGCCUCGGAGAGCACGCCCUGGAGCACGCUCACUGCGGCCGAGCUGUGGAAUCAAGUCUGCCAGGAUGCUGUUGAAACAUACAGCCUCUCUGACACUCUUGGGUCCGGUCUGAACCAACUGGUUGAACGCUACAAGCUUCAGAAAAUCUCCCUGCUUAGAGAGUUCUGUUUAAAGACUGGAGUACAGCUGAGACUGAGGGACUACUUGUUCGACAGCCAUGGUAAAGCUCCCAUCGGACCCGACGACAUCAUCAACAUCUUCCCUCUUGUCAAACACGUUCAGAUGCCAAUUUCAGAUGCUUCCAAGGCAUUCCGCGCUGCACAGAACUACUUUGAGAAAGGUCUGUUGGAUCAGGCCCAUGAACAUUUAAAAGAUGCUGCAUAUUUGUUUGGUAGAGUGUGUGAUGAUCUCCAUCCUGAGGCGUGUUAUUGCCACAGCCUGUUGGCCAAAUUGGCAUUCCUACAGGGUAAAACUGCUGAGGCCCGCAGUGUCCAAUUGAGAGCAGUGGUAAUCAGUGAGAGGGUGCUCGGGUUUGACCACCCCAACACUAUCCAUCAAUAUGCCCUCUUGGCCGUGUAUGUUCUUGCCGGAAGGGAGACCAACCUAGCCCAGAAAUGUUUGCUUAGAGCACGUCUACUUCUGCUAGCCAUCCAUGGCGAAGACCACCCAUACAUUGCCAGGCUAGAUAGUUGUCUUGGCUUGCUUUUAAAAGGGGACCAAGCAGGGAAAUACUUAAAAAACGCCCUCAGACUCAACGCUUCUUUCUUCGGCCCAACAAAUCUGCACACUGCCCUCUCUCAGCAUCUGGUGUCCCAGUGGCUGUGCAGUAAAGGAGACUACAGAGGUGCUAUGAAUCACGAAAAGGAGGCCCUUGCUGCUUUUACUGCCUUGUUUGACGAGGAUCACCCUCAGGCACGAUGCAGCAAAGAAUUUCUCUGCACGAUAACCAAGCAGGCCGUGCAGGUAGAACGUUCCCUCAGACAGGCUGGACCUAAUGUUACCGAACAAACAGUGGAGUGCCUGACUCCUACAAAUGAAACAAUUCUGGAGCAGAUGGUUCUGAUCACUGGGAUUAAGAAGAUUGCGGUCAUUGACAAGUUCCAGGAGUUCAAGCAGAGACACAAGGAACUGAAGGCAGCCGUGGCAAAAGAGCUGAUGAGCAAAGCAGCUAACGAGCUGUUGGAGGUUACGAACGGACAAGCAAAGGAGCCAGCUCAAGAAACAGGAAGUGGCGAGGAAGUUCUGAACAGUCCAAGCCUGGCUGUGGAGGAAACUACUGAGAGUCAGCGAGUGGAAGAAACCUCAGUCGACACGGUCGCCCCAGCUAACGGUCACGUGGUAGAAGAGAAAACAGAAGUGGACGGAGACGAAGCAGAGCCCAGCCAAAGGGUGGUUUUGGAUGCUGAAGCCAAAAUGGAGGAUUGUGCUGAUGUUGAUUCAAGUGCAACAAAUGGCAUCAAAGCCACUGAAGACGUGCGAUGUGACCCAUCUGACGAGACCAAGUCAGAUGACGUUACUGAGAGCCCCAAGAGUAAGGGGACAUGGGCAGAUGUUGUCUCAAACAUGACCACAGCUGGACAAUCAGGAAGCAACGGUGUGAAAAGCAUCUCUGUAAAUGGAACAGAUCAAGUUUGAAAACAUCGGACGGAAGAAAUUAGUGUAGCAGCCCACUGUAACGUAAACUGAGACGUCCUGAGCUGUACCACGUGUCCAUGCUGGGGGAUGUCUGUAUUCUCCAGCGCUAUUUUUCUUUUAACAAUAAACUUUUUAUCGUGGUGCUUUCUCCUUUUU